AUGGAGCAAGAAGCCAAGCCUUCGACCAUUCGCGAAGACUCCCGACAUGGCUACUUCAUGAAGCAAGCAGUUGCGAUGGGUGAAAAAGCGCUCGCCACCGGGGAGACCCCAGUCGGCUGUGUCCUCGUCUACAACGACAAGAUCGUGGGAUCGGGCAUGAAUGAUACAAACCGUUCAAUGAACGGCACACGCCAUGCCGAAUUUCUCGCCAUCGCAGAAAUGCUCCAGACCUAUCCCAAGUCUGCCAUCAGGGAGACCGACCUCUAUGUCACAGUCGAGCCGUGCAUUAUGUGUUCCGCGGCCCUUCGACAGUACGGGAUCCGGAGUGUCUUCGUGGGAACUCAUAAUGUGAGGUUCGGGGGUGUUGGCGGCGUAUUGACGAUUCAUUCGGAAAAAGAAGCCAUCACACUGCUCCGUCAAUUCUACAUCCAAGAGAACGAAAAGGCACCAAACCCUCGACCAAAGAAGAAUCGUGCACUGAACACGACGUUUGAUUUCGAGAACGAGGACGAGGCCGACGAUUUUAUGCCCAUCAUUUGA